GAGCGGCCCUAUAAAUGCCAUGAAUGUGGAAAAUGCUUCACUCUAAGAUCAGCCCUUUCUGAUCAUCAGAGAAUCCACACAGGAGAGAGGCCCUAUGAAUGCAGUGAGUGUGGGAAAAACUUCACUCGCAGCUCAAACCUUAUUGCCCAUCAAAGAAUCCACACUGGGGAGCGGCCCUAUAAAUGCCGUGAGUGUGGGAAAACCUUCUAUUGCCACUCAAACCUUAUUGCCCAUCAGAGAAUCCACACUGGGGAGCAGCCCUGUAAAUGCAGUGAGUGUGGGAAAUACUUCACUGAGAGCUCAGCCCUUUCUGCACAUCACAGAAUCCACAUGGGGAAGACGCCCUUCGAAUGCCAUGAGUGUGGGAAAACCUUCAGUCACAGCUGGCACCUUAUUAGGCAUCAGACAGUCCACACAGGGGAGAGGCCGUAUGAAUGCAGUGAGUGUGGGAAAACCUUCAGUCGCAGCUCAAGCCUUAUCAGACAUCAGACUGUCCACACAGGGGAGAGCCCCUUUGAAUGCAGUGAUGGAUGUGGAAAAACCUUCUGUCACAGCUCAGCCCUUUCGGUUCAUCGGAGAAUCCACACAGGGGAGAGGCCCUAUGAAUGCCCUGCGUGUGGGAAAUGCUUCAUUAGCAGCUCCUACCUUUCUAAACAUCGGAGAAUCCACACAGGGGAGAGGCCCUACGAAUGCAGUGAGUGUGGGAAAACCUUCUCUCGUAGCUCAGCCAUUUCUGUACAUCAGAGAAUCCACACAGGGGAGAGGCCCUACAAAUGCAGUGAGUGUGGGAAAACCUUCAGUCGCAGUUGGCACCUUAUUAGGCAUCAAACAAUUCACAGAAGAGAGAGUCCCUAUGAAUGCAGUGAGUGUGGGAAAACCUUCAAUCGCAGCUCCCACCUUAUUAGUCAUCAAACAAUCCACAGAGGAGAGAGGCCAUAUGAAUGCAGUGAGUGUGGGAAAAACUUCACUCACAGAUCAGCUCUUUCUGUUCAUCAGAGAAUCCACACAGGUGUGUACCGCCCCAGUCAAACUCCCCACCUGACGCUGUCCCCGGAGCGGGUCGCGCCCGGCACGCGCCGGGCGCUUGGCGCCAGAAGCGAGAGCCCCUCGGGGCUCGCCCCCCCGCCUCACCGGAGGCUGUUCACCUUGGAGACCUGCUGCGGAUAUGGGUACGGCCCGGCGCGAGAUUUACACCAUCUCCCCCGGAUUUUCAAGGGCCAGCGAGAGCUCACCGGACGCCGCCGGAACCGCGACGCUUUCAAGGCUCGGGCCCUCUCUCGGGCGAACCCAUUCCAGGGCGCCCUGCCCUUCACAAAGAAAAGAGAACUCUCCCGGGGCUCCCGCCGGCUUCUCCGGGAUCGGUUGCGUUACCGCACUGGACGCCUCGCGGCGCCCGUCUCCGCCACUCCGGAUUCGGGGAUCUGA